GCAGCUCAUCACAGGCAGAACACCGCCGGGCGGAGGAAAGUUCAGGUUUCCUAUGUCAUUAGAGAUGAAGUCGAGAAGUACAAUCGCAAUGGAGUGAAUGCUUUGCAGCUUGAUCCUGCACUGAACAGGCUUUUUACAGCUGGACGAGACUCAAUCAUCAGAAUAUGGAGUGUGAAUCAGCACAAACAAGACCCCUACAUAGCAUCUAUGGAACAUCAUACAGACUGGGUGAAUGACAUUGUACUAUGCUGUAAUGGCAAAACAUUAAUAUCAGCGUCAUCGGAUACCACAGUUAAGGUAUGGAAUGCACACAAGGGAUUCUGCAUGUCAACACUGAGAACACACAAGGACUAUGUGAAAGCCUUAGCUUAUGCAAAAGACAAAGAAUUAGUGGCCUCUGCAGGAUUGGACAGACAGAUAUUCCUCUGGGAUGUAAAUACUCUUACUGCACUGACUGCAUCCAACAAUACUGUCACUACUUCUUCCCUGAGUGGAAACAAAGACUCUAUAUACAGUCUGGCCAUGAAUCAGAUGGGCACAGUCAUUGUAUCUGGCUCCACAGAAAAGGUGUUAAGAGUUUGGGAUCCCAGGACCUGUGCCAAGCUGAUGAAAUUGAAAGGACACACAGACAAUGUAAAGGCUUUACUGCUAAACCGAGAUGGUACACAGUGUCUUUCAGGAAGCUCAGAUGGCACAAUCCGUUUGUGGUCUCUAGGCCAGCAGAGAUGCAUAGCCACCUAUAGGGUGCAUGACGAGGGUGUCUGGGCUCUCCAGGUUAAUGAAGGCUUCACGCAUGUGUACUCUGGAGGGAGAGAUCGCAAGAUCUACUGUACAGAUUUGAGAAAUCCGGAUCUGCGGCUGCUCAUCUGUGAAGAAAAAGCUCCCGUUUUAAAGAUGGAACUUGACAGAUCUGUUGACCCUCCAAUUGCCCUUUGGGUUGCAACCACAAAGUCAUCUGUUAAUAAAUGGCCUAUAAAGGGUAUUAUGAACUUCAGAGCCUCAGGAGAAUAUGAGAAUGACUGUAGCACACCGAUGAGUCCAAUCUGCUCACAGCCCGACCAGGUCAUUAAAGGGGGAGCUAGCAUUAUUCAGUGCAACAUUCUCAAUGACAAAAGACACAUACUAACCAAAGAUACAAAUAACAACGUGGCCUACUGGGAUGUUUUGAAAGCUUGCAAAGUUGAGGAUUUGGGAAAAGUGGACUUUGAAGAAGAAAUUAAAUCAAGGUUUAAGAUGGUUUAUGUUCCAAAUUGGUUCUCUGUUGAUCUGAAGACUGGGAUGCUGACCAUUACUUUAGAUGAGAGUGACUGCUUUGCAGCUUGGGUAUCAGCUAAGGAUGCUGGCUUCAGCAGCCCUGAUGGAUCCGAUCCAAAACUGAACCUUGGAGGUCUUUUAUUACAAGCAUUACUUGAGUUUUGGCCAAAAACUCACAUCAACCCCAUGGAAGAAGAGGAAAAUGAAGUCAAUCAUGUUGUAAAUGGGGAGCAAGAAAAUCGAAUCCAGAAAGGCAAUGGCUAUUUUCAGGUGCCGCCUCAUACUCCAGUAAUCUUUGGUGAAGCAGGAGGACGCACUCUGUUCAGGCUACUGUGUAGAGAUUCUGGUGGAGAGACUGAAUCCAUGCUUCUCAACGAAACUGUUCCACAAUGGGUGGUUGAUAUAACUGUGGAUAAAAAUAUGCCCAAAUUUAAUAAGAUUCCAUUCUACCUCCAACCCCAUUCAUCAUCUGGAGCAAAGACGUUGAAGAAGGACAGACUCUCAGCUAGUGACAUGCUGCAAGUCAGAAAGGUGAUGGAGCACGUCUAUGAGAAGAUUAUAAAUGUAGAUACGGAAUCUCAGACAACCAGCUCCUCAAAUAAUGAGAAGCCAGGAGAACAAGAGAAAGAAGAAGACAUUGCUGUGCUGGCCGAAGAGAAGAUUGAACUCCUGUGUCAGGACCAGAUUUUAGAUCCUAAUAUGGACCUGAGGACUGUGAAACAUUUCAUCUGGAAGAGUGGAGGUGAUCUGACCCUCCACUAUCGCCAGAAAUCCACGUGA